AUGUCUCAGGUACCAGCGGAACUUAUCAACGUUCCGCCUGAAUUAUUCCCACGGUUGGAGGAUGACAAACACCUUCGUACUAAGCACAAAGACCGGUGGGACCUACUUAGACCAGUAAUUGUCGAGUUGUAUACUGGCAAUUAUGGAAAGAACGACAAGCCACCCACCAUCGCCCAGAUUGUCGCUUUUAUGAAGAAACACUAUUCGUUCCAUGCUGCGGCGAGCGAAUAUCCCCAUCACUUCCGGGCCUGGAAGGUGAGCGACCGGCGUCUGACCAAGGCCAAGCUGAACGAGAUCGCUGUGGCUUUGGAAAGGCGUCCUACAGCCGAGAUAAGUACUUCCAAAGUUUCACUCAAGCGCGGUGCUUGUGAAGCAAAGCUUGAUGUCCGACAAGUCAAACGACAUCUGGCAAAUAACACUUCUUCUUCAAAACCCGAGAUCAUGCAGUCAGGGUGGCUAUCCUCUUGGACCUUACCAUAUGCUGCGUUUGUAUCAACAUUACCCAAGAAUCCCGACGCCGCCUCUCCUUAUGGGACACAGUCAGCAACACCCGGUUAUCUAGGGAUCAGUAACUCUAACAUAACGUCCCCUCAUGGUGAAGGCGCCGGUCCAUCUCCAAAUACGCAGCUUCUUCUUCAGAGAGCAAGAGACCAUCGGACGAGCCUAUUUUUGCAGGGACGUUUGGAGGAUCUUAUCAUCAGUAUGAGCCAAGACGAUCGGAGGCAGGUCAGCCAUUCAUUAUCUUGUACUGAAACCUUGGAAACGUCUCCACCGUCAAUCAUCAAUGUUCCGACACCAUCUGGCUUCACACCGUCAGCCUCUUUCGAAUUCCCUUCGAGUCCAUUAUUGACAGAUGCCUCAAAUCAUAUCGACAUCAUCAAUCCACCAACCAAUCUAUGUCGGUGGUCCAUUCAUGUCGAGGAAAUCGACUAUGAACCACUUUCAGAGGAGCAGCCUGAUUCAUUACCAACAUCCAUGUCAUUUCCGGAAUGUCUUCAAAACUCUAUCUCAACAGGAGACUUCACAGAACUUCGGAAUGACAAUUUGCCUCUUUCUCACGAGACCAUCGUCCACUCUUUGACUAAGAAUCCUAAGGCUCUCGAACUUGACUCUUGGAAACUGGCAAUCAUGGCCGGCAACGAUGAUUUGCUAUACCAUUUGGGGAGGGGGAAAAACAGAAAGCAAAUUCAGGAAGAGGUCAAAUCAAUAUACCCAUAUCACCUUGCAGCUUCAUUUCUCAAUGGAGGCGGCCCGUGUUGCGCGAUUUUUGAUGCCUUGGACAAGGUAGUAGGGCGCUUAUAUUUGCUUCAACACAAUAUCAAUGACUUGGGACAUACAAUUUUGGAUUCACUAUUGGUUUCAAUCUUGCGCUCACAUACGAGCGUCCAACCGGAGAUGGUCAGCGACGAGUUUCGAGCACUUUCGAGGUUCCCCGGCGAAGAAAAGGACAUCUGCGGCAGGUGGGACGCUGACAGUCCUGAGGUACGGGGACUCUUUUCUCAAGGCUAUGCCAGGAUUCCUACCAGAUGGAAACAUCCUUUUUGCCAUUCCGCCGUACAAGCAGUAUGUCACUGCGCGUUGUCAUUAUUCGCACCCAUGACCCGUGCCAACAUAGACUGCCUGAGUGGUCUUUUCGUACGCCGUUGUACAGAGUGCGGUAUGGAGCUUAGAUUGGGGCCACUUCAUGCACUUGUUACGACAGCCUUCUUCUUGGGGCAGUCCGGCAUGUCAGGAGAGACAUUAUUCGGACCUCUGGCUAUUCUUGUAUGUCUCAUCCACAUGGACGUCGAUGUCAAUAUGAGAAUGGACAUUUCAGUUGAGGAGAUACUACGGACGUCGGAAGCGGGACAAUGCCGCCAUAGACCCAUGACGGCAUCUGAGAUGAUGCUGUGUGUCCCUGCGAGUGUUGUUCACAAUUGGACCAAUGCUUGUCAGGUUGGUUGGGACUGCCUGCUGCAUACACUACGUUUGGCAGAGGCCCGCUCGUCGGACACGGAGAAUCCGUAUCGAGACGAUCGCGAUAGUCCAGAGAGUGAAUUGUCAGCGCGUGGAAUAGACGGCGAAUCGCAAUCUUCUAAAUGUGGAUUGCUGGACUUCCACUACAACACAGCAUUCAAGUGCACCCAUAAAAAGAUUGGAAUUAUGUGGGCCACGAUACAAGCGGAAUUUUUAACGUAUCGUCGAUUGACGGUCAACGACCUCUGGAUCUCCGAAAAGUUUCAAAUGCUGGCAUUGCAGGCCUGGCUCAAAGGUGAGACACAAGGUUUCAAUACGCCGCUGGUGGUGCAAGGUAUGAUGAAGACAUAUUCAAGGUGCGGCUGGUUCUACGAAGACAAGUAUAACCCUUUCACGAUUGCAACAACCUCGGACGUUUGCAAGGAGUGGUUUGCCAAUCUUAACGAUUAUAAAAGGACAACAUUUAUUCCUGAGGUAGGUGUUUAG